AUGUGUGAGCAGCAACAACAGAAACAAGAACAGUCAGAUAACCAAAAUCAUUUACCAAGUGAUUGGUUUUAUUCAUCGGUCAUGUUAACAAAUUGUUUAGACAUGAGUGAGCAUGGUAAUGGUAGCAAUACUAACUGCUUCGAACUGAAUGAACUGAAAUCAACAGUUCAAUCCGAUAUAAGUCUGUUGCAUUCGAAUUCUUGUCAAUUUGCUAAAAUUUACAACGAUCAACUUUGUAUUCCUGCAGUUUCGUUAAUCAAAUCAACGUUUCAGUCAUCUCAACCGAUUACAUAUAAUUCAUCCAAUCAAAUCUCAGAUUCAUUGCAUUCUAAUGGUUCUGUUAAAGAACACUCAUUACUCAACAAAAGUACAGAUUUUUCAAAUCAAAAUAGCAAUAUUUCUUCAUAUUUGACAAAAACUAAAGACAAUAUUGCCACAAAUGCGGAAAAUUUUUCGCUACAAAUGCAUGCAUUCUGUGGACUUGACAGUACAAAUAAUUCAAAUUUAAUGAAUGACAGUAGUAAAAAUAAUUUUGGCAUUAAUAAUUGUGAUGAUGUUGACAAUAAUGGAAGUGAUGAUUGUAGUAGGAAGAAUAAAAAAUAUAAAAAAUUUCCAUCAGUAAGGAUGAUGAAAGAGGACGAAAUAGAAGUUGAAGUUGAAGAUGAUAAUAGCGCUUUUAACAACGCACCGCCCAAUGUACUUUAUUCGCCCUCAACAACAAAUAGAAGCGAUAAAAUGAAAUUGAAUUGUGGUGUAAGAUGGCCAUCAAAAGCAGUAGCAUCAGCAUCAGCAUCAGCAACGGCAUCAUUGUCAUCAUCGUCAUCAUCAUUAUCAGCAACAACAGUAGCAAUGGGAAAACAAACUGAAGUGAUUUCCAGCUCAUCUCAUCAACACAUUACAGGAAAUCAAAAGUCGACUAUGCCAACUGCUAACGACAACUAUGAUAAUAAUAGUAAUAAUAAUAAUCAUGCUGGACGAGAUAAGACAACAGUGCCAACUAUUGUGGACAAAAGUGACAGUGAUAAUAUUGUUGGAAACAAUGAAGAAGAUGCAACUCGAUUGAUGACAUCAACGCUUAAAUUACCAAUAACAUCAAAUUAUGUUGACCAGAAACUGAACGCAAAUUCUGUUGAUCGAAAUGAUCAAGAUUUCAUUAAUAAUGUUAGUUGUUCUACACAAAGCAUUAAUUCUGAUUCACUUACUACUGCAUUUUCAGUAAUUAGUGCUUCGGCUGCAUAUCAGCUUUCUCAACGUACUGCUGAAUGUGAACGCUUAAAUUCGUAUCAUUUAUCUUUUCCAGGAACAGUUCCAAUUAAAAAACGUCGUAUAUAUGUUUCUCCUACAACAGUUACUCUUGAUACUGAAAAGGAAAUCAGUAACACUUAUACGAUGAAUUUACCAAAUAUAAAUGAUAAUUCAUCAAAAUAUCAUCAUCAAUUUUUGUAUACAACUGCUGCAUCUGAUGCGCCAAUGACAAGUAACUCGACGGAUAGUGCAUUCUCCAGCUGUAGCUCAGUGAAAACAAAACCACAUAGCAGUACUAAUUUAGUAUUGAGUGAACAUACUAUACCUUCAAUUACUACUUAUUCUAAACUAUUUUCAGUGCAUACUGGAUGUAUUUCUACUCCAGUUAAUCCUAUUCAUGUACCGAUGUCUAUCUCCAAUUCCUCCGGAACGCUGUCAUUAAAUACUGCAUUAGAAAUGGGAACUGGAAGUAACUAUUUUUACCGAAAUGUGUUUAAUUCUGACUGUAAUCCAGCACAAGAACAGAAUACUGACUCGACAGUAUUAAAAGAUUCAUUACCAUCAUUAUUAUCAGUAAAUAGCAAUGAACAGAAGCUCGUGGAAAUAACUGAUAAAGAUAAAGAUACUUGUAUAUCUAGUGAGCAGUGUAAGCAAUCCUAUCAUCAGAAUGUUUAUAACGAGAAAAUACAAUCACAUAUUAUGGAUGAAAGUAGUGCAAUAAGAUGUCAUCCAUAUGAAACAAAUGUAUCAACCUGUAAGAACAAUAAUACUAGUAACGAUUUAGCAUUUUGGUCACAAGCUGUACCAUCCAGAGUUGAUCUCAAGCAAAACUAUCUCCGUUCUUUGGCACCAGUACUUUAUGAUUUACUAUCUGAUGAUUGUGAAUCUCAGAACUGCCAAAAAACCACGGAUUCAAUUGACCGCUCCAUUUUAAAAAGUUGUAUACAAUCAUCAAUGGAUUCCUAUGCAUGA